UCCCAAACGAAGCCACGUGUUAGGAGUCAAACGCGAGCAUCAAUUCCCAACUUUUCAAGGAUUGUCCUUCGUUAUAGGCGGCGACGCGAGGCAUUUGUUAAAAAAAGCCUCACAAAAAACACGCUCUACAGUUCAUCUUCGGCCUCUCCCUCCGCAACUUUCCAGAUUUGACAACUUGAUCUUCAUGAGUUCAAGAAUUACUGAGACAUCCGUGGUUUCCUGUAAAUCGGGAAACAAGAACAUCAUCUUCUUCUGGAUUCUGUUUUGCUUGCUGCCUAAAUUCUUGGGAACUCCUUUUGCAUUCGGAGACUUCCUGUUAAUAAAGGCUAUUGAUAGGCGUCCUUCUGCAGUGCGGGUCUUCAAGACUCUUGGGGAGAUCAACCUGUAAUCGCUAUUAAUUUGAGCAUCUGCCGGUCCUGAUCUCUCCUUCGAACUUGGCAACAUGGUUUCAUCUCAAUUACCUGGUUUGACCAAGACUGGCAUUUGCAAACCAUUACAAACGCAGUUACUUUUUCCUGUGAACCCCACAGAUGCUGCAGUUACUGAUCAUGUUGAGCUGGAUUUCUCUGACGUGUUUGGUCCUCUUCCAGUUCAGACGUCAAUAGAAGUGAAUUAUGGUGAUUCUUGUGACUCUGUUGGUCUUGAAGAUGCCAAUGAGCUAAUUUAUGAGGACCCCGUUGUCAUUUACACCCGAUCACAUUCUCUGGUUGGCCCCUCUUCUUGUGUAAGUCAAUCAUUGAAGCUCAGCAAGCUCACCAUACAUGAGUCAGAAGAUUCGGAGGAACUAGUAGAGUGUGUUCAUGGAGAAACCGUUAAAGAACUUCAGGAACCUGCCAAUGAUGGCAAAAUUGAGAAACCCUUAAACGACAUUGACGAAAAUUCUGUGAAGGUUGAGAGCGUGGGCAUUGAAGAUUUUGAAAUUUUGAAGGUUGUUGGGCAGGGUGCAUUUGCAAAGGUAUAUCAGGUGAGGAAAAAGGGUAGCUCAGAAAUAUAUGCAAUGAAGGUUAUGCGUAAGGACAAGAUUAUGGAGAACAAUCAUGCUGAAUACAUGAAAGCUGAGAGGGAUAUUUUGACAAACGUGGAUCACUCCUUCAUUGUCCAACUCAGAUACUCAUUCCAAACCAAAUAUAGACUAUAUCUUGUGCUGGAUUUUGUAAAUGGAGGUCACCUUUUCUUUCAGCUCUACCACCAUGGCCUUUUCAGGGAGGAUCUUGCUCGUAUUUAUGCAGCUGAGAUUGUUUCUGCAGUUGCGCACCUUCAUGCAAAUGGCAUAAUGCAUAGGGAUCUUAAACCUGAAAAUAUCCUGCUCGAUGAAGAUGGCCAUGCAAUGUUGACUGAUUUUGGACUCGCAAAGAAAUUUGAUGGAAGCACGAGAUCUAAUUCUAUGUGCGGAACUUUAGAAUACAUGUCGCCUGAAAUUGUUCUUGGAAAGGGCCACGAUAAGGCUGCAGACUGGUGGAGCGUGGGAGUUCUAUUAUUUGAGAUGCUAACUGGCAAGCCUCCGUAUACUGGGAACCGAGAAAAAAUCCAGCAAAAGAUAAUGAAGGAAAAGAUCAAGCUGCCAGCAUUUUUGUCAAGUGAAGCACAUUCUCUGUUGAAAGCGCUGCUAACAAAAGAAGCAAGCAAGCGCCUGGGUAGUGGACCUACAGGGGGCGAGGAAAUUAAGCGCCACAAGUGGUUCAAGCCAAUCAACUGGAAAAAACUGGAGGCCCGACAAAUCCAGCCAAGUUUUCGUCCUGAAGUUGCCGGGAAGCACUGUGUAGCCAACUUUGAGAAGCGCUGGACCGACAUGCCGGUGGUGGUUUCGCCGGCUGCAAGUCCAAAUGCCAAUGGAAACCCCUUCACGGGCUUUAGUUAUGUGAGACCUGCAGCCUCUUUUCUUCAGAAGGACAGCUCCAUGUACCGCUAGAUGCAAAGUUAUGGUGUUUUAUUACCAAUUUGGUUUCGGGAUCUUGUGACCAUGCAAUUACGGUAGUUUGUGCUAAAAAAAAUAUUUUAAUUUUCCUUUGGUUAACCUUAAAAUUGUACUUUAAGGCAGACAUAAACAUAUGAUUUGAUUGUUUGCUUGUUGGACAAAGAAUUAUAUAUUUAUGCCAUUAUUGGACUUGUUUAUCUAUAUAUUCCUUUAAGGUUCUCUUCU